GAAACAGGAAUAUUUCCUUCCUGUCUGCUGGAUUCUCUGGUAUACCUCACAUGAGAUACUAUUAUAUAUUCCUGUUUAUUGCCUACUUUAUUUCUUUUCUAGGAAACUCCUGCCUCAUGUUUGUUAUCAUUACGGACAGAAAUCUUCACACUCCUAAAUAUAUCGCUGUCUUUAAUUUAUCACUGACAGACAUUUGUGAGAGUACCGCUGCAAUUCCUCAGCUACUGGAUGCAUUUUUGUUUGGGAAUCAUCGGAUCUCAUAUGGAUUGUGCAUGUCCAGUAUGUUAUUUGUUUCAGUGCAGUCACUGACUCUCACUAUUUUGUCUCUUGACAGAUUAGUAGCUAUUUGUUUACCACUGAGGUAUCAUGUGAUUGUGACCCAUAGAUCAAUGCUUGUUAUGAUUGGUGCUUCAUGGACACUGGCACUGAUGCAAACAAUCACUGCAGCAGUUUUCAUGACUAGACUUUCUUUCUGCAGAGCUGGUGUCAUAAUUAUUCGUUUCUGUAAUCGUGGGUCUGUUUUCUUAAGCUAUGUCAUCAUUAGUGUUCUGUUUCAGGUGAUAAUCAUGUCUCCAGUAUUUUUUAUUAUCUUUUCAUAUGCAUGCAUAGCUGUAACAUUGUUCAGAAUCACAACCCCACAAGACCGUCAAGGAGCCACAAAGACAUGUGCUGCUCAUUUAAUAUUAGUGGCUGUAUUUUAUGUGCCCAUCUACCUAACAUAUGUCUUUCAGGUCCUUGUAAGCAUCAACACUACAAUAGUUAUUCUUUCUCUGACCUCUGUGCUUCUCAAAUGCUUAACCCUAUAA